ACGUAAUCAAGGAUCGUCGUAUCGGUGACCCACUAAUCGAGGGGAAAUCUCACCACGAUGUUGCCCAUCAGUGCGAUGCAUCGAUGCCAUUGUCCAACUCCUAUUCUCAGGACUGAUCAAAGCAAAUUUAGACUACGUGCAAUCUCCAGCAGGAGAGGAGUCUGCCAGCAACGGACCUUCACUGGACAGGAAUCAGUAUGGUGCCAUCCAGGCUUCACAGCUUCACGGACGCUGUCCAGGCAUGCUGCAAUUUUGGAUGCCCCGCCGAAGACAGAGCCAAGCCAGGAAGCAGAGAAGGAGGGCACAUUUGUCUGGGCGCGGCAGUGGUACCCCCUGGCAUUUGUGGAGGACCUGGAUCCGGGCAGGCCACACGCGAUGGAGCUGCUGGGGAAACGCUUAGUCAUCUGGUAUGACUCGCGUCAGCAGAAGUGGACCGCCUUUGAAGACCGCUGCCCCCACAGGCUUGCUCCCCUGUCAGAGGGGCGGAUAGAGCCGUCGGACGGGACGCUGAUGUGCUCGUACCACGGGUGGCGCUUCAGGGGCGACGGCGCCUGCACGCGUAUCCCCCAGGCGCUCGAUGCCCGGGCCGAGGACGCUGCCUGCUCCAGCGGCCGCUCCUGCGCAGCCGUGCACCCCACACAGGUGCGGCAGGGCUUCCUGCACGUGUGGGGGGAAGCCGGCGCGGAAGCUGCGGAGGAAGCUGCGCGGCGGCCGCCGGUGCUCAUCCCGGAGCUGGAUCCGGACGCAGCCGACGCGGUGAUGCGCGACGGCUCACCAACCCUUGACUCGGGGAAGCGAUACAUAAGGGAUUUGCCCUACAGCUAUGACUUCCUGGUCGAGAAUCUGAUCGACCCGGCCCAUGUGAACUAUGCGCACAACGGCGUCAUUGGCAGCCGGAACACACCGACAGCGGGCUACUAUGAGAUCUCUCCGACGCCGCUGCCCGACAGGACAUUUGAAUUUGCCACGGAGCACCCAUCAGACGGCAUGUCGAUGGACAUCGUUAGUAAGUUCAUGGGCCGGCGCACCGCCUACAAGAUCCAAUUUGUGGCGCCCGCGAUUGUUCGCUACUACUUCCCCGGAUAUUUUGGGGAGGUGAACGAUGCGCAGAUGUGGAUGGCAGCGGUGCCGACGGCGCCCGGCCGCUGCCGGUGCCUCUGGUGGUUCUUCCAGCCGUCCGUUGGCGCAUCAAAACGGCUGCAAAAGGUGGCGGCGCAGCCGGUUUGGAAGGACCACAUGACGCGCAACCUUGUGUUUGAUGGAGACAAUGUCUUCCUGCACGGGGCGGAUCGGGUGGCAGCGGCGGCAGAGAGGGAGAGCGGUAGCAGGUGGAAGGGCUCCUACUUCAUGCCAGCACAGGCGGACAGGAUGGUGCUGGAGUUUCGGCGGUGGCUGGACAGCCGCGGCGGCGGGGGGCCCACGCCGGGGGACCCCGGUCCUAUUCUGGACGACAGGCAGAAAUUGCUCGACCGUUGGGAACAGCACACCAAGCACUGCCCCUCCUGCCUCCAGGCGCUGGGAAAAUUCCAGGCGCUGAGGUGGGCGGCUGUGGCGGCCGGGGCGGCGUCACUGUUAGUCACCGUCGGUGUUCUGGCCUCGGGGGCGCGGUUGCUGUCGCCUGCACCGGCGCUGCUUCUGGCGGCUGCAGCGGCUGCUGUGUAUUACUCCAAGAGAUUCAGUGAUCGCAUCCAGGAAUUCUAUUUCCUGGACUACCAGCACGCGCACAGAUAG